GAAAACCGACCCAACCAAAGCCCCGCAAACAAACAGGGAACAAAAUAAAUCUUAACCCCUCCCUGCAACUCCUCAUGCUAUUCGGAUUUCCUACCCUCUCUCCUCCUCCGCCCCUCCACUCCACCCCCCCACCAGUUUCUCUGGGCCCCGUGCCUCCCCCCGCACACACACACGCACGGUGUGGAUGGGUGUUGUACUUGCUGCUGUGCCACACGGAACUGCUGAUGGUUUCCAAAGUCCCACCACCACCAUGCCCAUCCCUCCUUUAGCCUGAAGCCGGAGAUAUGGACUGUACGUUUGGAUUCGGGAUGCAUUUUGCUCACAGCCGCUUCGCUUCCUGAAAUGUCACCCGGUGUUGAGGGAAAGCUAAGAGAAUGAAGGCUCUAAGUCCCCAGUGGAAGCAUGAUAUGGCGAUGCAGUGCUGGUGCUGAAUUGUUCUCUCUGAUGGCUCUAUGGGAGUGGAUAGCACUGAGUCUUCAUUGCUGGGUUUUAGCAGUUGCUGCUGUUUCGGAUCAGCAUGCCACAAGCCCCUUCGACUGGCUCCUCUCUGAUAAGGGACCCUUCCAUCGUUCACAGGAAUACACAGAUUUUGUGGACAGAAGUCGACAGGGAUUUAGCACAAGAUACAAGAUUUACAGAGAGUUUGGCCGCUGGAAAGUAAACAAUCUUGCUGUUGAAAGACGCAAUUUUCUUGGCUCCCCGCUGCCACUUGCCCCUGAGUUCUUCCGUAACAUAAGGCUACUCGGACGCCGGCCAACGCUUCAGCAGAUCACAGAGAACCUGAUCAAGAAAUAUGGGACACACUUCCUACUAUCAGCUACCUUGGGAGGAGAGGAGUCGCUCACAAUUUUUGUGGACAAAAGGAAGCUGAGCAAGAGGUCAGAUGGAAGUGAUCCCAGCACCAACAGCUCUGUGGUGACUCUGGAGACCUUGCACCAGCUCGCAGCCUCCUACUUCAUUGACAGGGACAGCACACUGCGCAGACUCCAUCACAUCCAGAUAGCUUCCACUGCCAUAAAGGUAACAGAAACGCGGACUGGUCCUCUUGGCUGCAGUAACUAUGACAACCUAGAUUCUGUCAGUUCUGUUCUGGUUCAGAGUCCUGAAAAUAAGAUUCAGUUGCAAGGUCUUCAGGUCAUCCUGCCUGAGUACCUGCAAGAACAUUUUGUCCAGGCAGCUCUGAGCUAUAUUGCCUGCAAUUCAGAGGGAGAGUUCAUCUGCAAGGACAAUGAUUGCUGGUGUCAGUGUGGUCCCAAAUUCCCUGAGUGCAAUUGUCCCUACAUGGACAUUCAAGCCAUGGAAGAAAACCUGCUCCGCAUAAGUGAAACUUGGAAUGCAUAUAACAGUGAAUUUGAAGAAUCCGAUGAAUUCAAAUUAUUUAUGAAAAGGCUGCCCAUGAAUUAUUUUCUGAACACAACUACUGUAAUGCAUUUGUGGACAAUGGAUUCUAAUUUUCAGCGUCGCUACGAGCAACUAGAAAACAGCAUGAAGCAACUAUUUCUCAAGGCACAGAAGAUUGUUCACAAGCUCUUUGGCCUUAGUAAGAGAUGUCAUAAACAGCCACUCAUCCGUAUGCCAAAGCAGAGAUCCUCCAACUAUUGGCUCAACCGCAUUCAAUCCUUUCUCUACUGCAAUGAAAAUGGCCUUCUGGGAAGCUUUUCUGAAGAAACCCACACGUGCACCUGCCCUAAUGACCAAGUUGCCUGCCAUGGGUUCCUUCCCUGCACAGUUGGAGAUGGCUCUGCUUGUCUGAGCUGCGCUCCUGACAAUCGUACCCGCUGUGGGAGCUGUAAUGCUGGAUACAUGCUAAGCCAGGGGAUUUGCAAGCCUGAAGUGGCAGAAUCAACAGAGCACUACAUUGGGUUUGAGACUGACCUCCAGGACCUGGAAAUGAAGUAUUUACUGCAGAAGACAGAUCGGAGAAUUGAGGUGCAUGCAAUUUUCAUCAGCAAUGACAUGCGCCUCAACAACUGGUUUGAUCCUUCUUGGCGCAAGCGAAUGCUCCUUACUCUUAAGAGUAACAAGUACAAGUCUAGCCUGGUCCAUAUGAUACUAGGCCUCUCUCUUCAAAUCUGCCUAACUAAAAACAGCACCUUAGAGCCUGUUCUUGCUGUUUAUGUCAACCCUUUUGGGGGCAGCCACUCUGAGAGCUGGUUUAUGCCUGUGAAUGAAAAUAAUUUCCCAGACUGGGAGCGGACUAAGUUGGACUUACCCCUUCAGUGUUAUAAUUGGACACUGACUCUGGGCAACAAGUGGAAGACAUUUUUUGAAACAGUACACAUCUAUUUGAGGAGUCGAAUAAAGUCAAAUGGUCCAAAUGGCAAUGAAAGCAUCUACUAUGAACCCCUGGAAUUUAUUGAUCCCUCAAGAAAUCUGGGCUACAUGAAAAUCAAUAACAUACAAGUGUUUGGCUACAGCAUGCACUUUGACCCAGAAGCAAUUCGAGACUUGAUUUUGCAGCUGGACUACCCCUAUACUCAGGGAUCACAGGACUCUGCGCUUUUGCAGCUGUUAGAGAUACGCGAUCGUGUAAAUAAACUCUCUCCACCUGGUCAACGUCGUCUAGACCUCUUCUCUUGCUUGCUCCGUCAUAGACUCAAACUGUCUACCAGUGAAGUGGUGAGAAUUCAAUCUGCUUUGCAGGCAUUUAAUGCCAAAUUGCCAAACACAGUGGAUUAUGACACAACCAAAUUAUGUAGUUAACCAUAAAUGUGAAGCACAACACAAAACCUUGAAGGAGUUUUUACAGUGCUUUUGUGGAACAGUUUAUGUUUGGAAGAGUAAAUUUAAAUUGUCUUUUCAAUAUCUGUCUUAUAUCAGUCAAUACUGUUGGAUGGCAAUUUACACACAUGAACUUGCUGACAAUGAAUAUAUUAUACCUGCAGUUUUGGUUUAUGAAUGAAAUAAAUACUGACACCAGUCUAGAAGACAUUCUACUUUUUACAAUAAAUUUCAUUUGUAAUUUUAUAUGUUCCGUGGCAAUGCUUUUGUGCAUUACAUCCUCUAGAGGGAACAUAGAAGGAUACCAAUAAAAUUUUGUAGCUGAACAGUUAUUAAAAAGAAAUGCUGUGGGAUUCUUUCUUCUUACACAAAAGCAGUAAUCUUGAUAUACUUUUCUGUGUGUUGAACACACGUUGCAGGUAAAUAAAAUACAGUGACUGGUGGUUUUAACAGAAAACACAGAAAAGUCUAAACCGUGGAAAAUUUUCUUCUUAGGGAUUAGAUCUAAAUGUUUAUUCUGAGCAGAAGUGACAACAGUAGCGAUGCUUUACUUGCUACAGCUCUGAGACUUGAAAAGGCAUUUCCUUUUCAAGCUGCUUGACAUGUCAUACAGACUCCCAGAGUUGUAAUAUUGAGUGUUGUAAGAUGGACAGUGUGAGGUGCACAGUAAUGAAAGGUUGCAUUCUCUCAACAGCAGACAGGUGAAAAGCUAUCUAUGCUACUGAUCUUAUUCACCUUACAAAAGAGAAAACCAUCUUCACAAAAGUUUUCAGAAGUAUCCAUAAUCCUUUACUGUGCCUGAAUAUUUUGUGUAUUUAUAGAAAGAAUAAAUAUUAAAGCACAUGCAUACUAUUGUCCAAGGACGCACUCUGAAAUGUUCACCUUGAAAUACCUAUUUUCAACUAGCUACCUAAGCAUCAUCCAUGCUGUCAAGAUUCAAAUUCAGUAUAAGAUAUUCUCUAAAAAUAAAACAGUUUAAUCUAUUAAUUAUUAAUGAGAUGAAAUAAAUGUGCCUACCUGUUGAUCAGAAUUAGGUUCUUUGAUAGUUUAUACAUUCUGGUAUAAAACUUAUAUCUGGAAUGGCAGAAUGUGGCACUUCCAAGAAAGUUCUGCUACAUUAUGCCAGAGGAGAAUAAUGCAAAUGUCUUUGCUGUCUGUAGUCUGUUAGUAAGUAGAGAAUAAAGUGAGGGAAAUUUAUACAAAUUCUUUUGGUGGCACUGUAUUACGUGAAAUCUGAAUUUGUGCCCAUGAUGUAAAGGUCAACUUGUUUUUGUUUGAUUGUUUUUGUUUUGAUUUUGUUUUCAAUGGGAAAGAAUUUGCAUAUAAAACUAGUGCAUUAUGUGCAAGCACAGAAAGAUUUUAAAAAAAUUAAUUCACUCAGAACUGAAGUUUUAGAAUUUAAUCAUAAAAUUAAACUUCAUUUAAUUUCAAUUAAAAUAAAUUGAGUUAGUUCCUUUACAAUUUAAUUCUUAGUCACAGCCCAAUCUGAAGUUAAGCUUUGUUUCUAUGUAGCCUACAGUAGCGUAAGAAAUGCUAUGUUUUGUCAUUAUUAGUGAGGAAAAUAAAGCAGAAGCUCAGAAACACUUAAAAAAUUCUAUAGCCAUGAAGGACCUUCUUUUCUUUAGUGACUCCUCUCCUGCCCGAUUUCACCAUAUAUUUGUAGGGAUUACUCUUUCACCAACACAUAUUCAGAUAAUUUCUCUUACUUACUGCACUAGGAAACUCAGAAGGACUAAAGUUAGCAUAUUUUUCCAUAAAUCAGCUUCUAGAUGAAUUCCUAUUUGUUUCCAAUCACAGCUUUCUUUUACUGAUAAAUAAUGUAUCGCAGACUCUUUGUCGGUGUCAAAAUUCUGGCUUGCUAUUGCAUUGAUAUGAUGAACCAGGCCAAACAGUGACAUAUGACCUUCUUGGUUAUGAUUCCUACUUCUGUUCUUACCAUCAGAUCUCUCCUUUGCUAUAUAUUUGGCAACUAUAAUAAAACAUAGAAAUAGACAAUUUGGUUUUACUAAUUGUUGCAUCUUGCAGUUUUCAUAAAUGAUAGACAAUGGUGUAACAAGUUGAAUAAAAAGCAAGAAGUCCUAUUAUGCUCACAGAAAGUAAAAGUUAGAAUAUAAAUAUGAGGCAGUGGUAAAUAAAGCACUCAGACUUAUUAUUCCUUCACUAAGAAAAAAUAUUGCUAUGUUGUGUUAAACCACCUGAGAUAUUUUCCCCCUCUUACUAAUUCCUUUCUAAAAUACUUCCUCAAUGACUAUCUAUUCUUUCUGUUUUUAAAUAUCUUUCUUUCUUUGAGAUGGAAAGUACUUGAGACCUAAAUAUGUGCACAGAAAGAAGAAUACGCC